ACCUCAUCAUUUCGAAGGAGAACACGACGACCCUCUGAAAGACGCGCACAUGUGUAUCAGAGUGAACCGAGAAUAGUCACAACCGUGCAACGAUGUACCUAGAGAACGGCGCACACCUCGUCUACGCUUUCCACUCCACACACAAGACCACACACAAGGACACGGUGUGCGAAGUUGACCCUGCCACGCCACAGGAGGGCCAGCCUUCGGCAUAUGGUGCCACUCCCAAGCUCUAUCCGGGCGAACGCUUGGAAAUCAUAGAAGGUCACCCAUGUGUCUACAGGUAUAUCCACCCUCCUCCACGUGAUCCAGAGCCCACACCAGACCAGGAGCGGGAACAACAGCAGAGCCUGCCCUUGGUGGUGCUCAUCCCUGGUGGUGCACACAACGCCCGGGUAUACUAUGGCGGCCAUGAAGGACACAGUGCUCAUGACUAUCUGGCUCAUUGGCUAAGCCAGCUUGGGUUCCCGGUCCUGGCGAUAUCAUAUCCCUUGGAAAGCGAGCCUGAACUGAUGCCGCCUGUCUCGCCGGGGCUACGCAUACACACAUGGGGACGUCAGGCCGCGUCAGUCACCCGCUCAGUCGUCGACGCUACACGGUCCCUGGCGGGCCGAGAAAUACUGCUGGUCGGAUGGAGCAUGGGCGGCAGGAUCGUGGCACCGUACACCGAGGCUGCCAUCAAGUAUGGACUGCGCGUUGGACUGUUUGUCUCAUUGGCUGCAACCCCGGGCGUUGCGGGCCUCAGGCCACCACCUCCUGGGAUCACGCAGACGAGGCACGGAUACGCUACAUGCGCCGGCCUUUUUGAGCUGUUUGUCCGUCAGAUCCGCCAAGUCAUCCCGACAGAGGUCUUCCGCGCCGAAUACUUCGGCCACACUCCCGUGUCACUGCAUGGCUGGAGGCUAUCGCACCACGCAGCAACAGGUCGACUUGCCGAAGACCAUUGGGAGUCGGAGACCGACGCGACCCCGAGUGCUGACGACUUCUCGCUUCUGCCGUGGAUGGCCACCGUCGUCGGCACGGAGAGUCUGGACUCACGGCAUGUUUUGAUCGACCGGACGGCCUGGGAAUAUAUGAAUGUGCAGCGACUCACAUCGAUCUGGGAGAAGCGCCAUAAGUUAGUGCGGGAGAGGAAUAUCGAUCUCGAGACUGAGGCUUCCUUGUCCACAACCAGUACCUCUGAUUCUUCCAGCAGCCAGCUAGAGGACGGCGCAACUCAAAGUGAUUCAAAAUGGGAUGCGUAUUCGUCAUUCGUCCUGGGGAACAUGCCAGGCGCUCUGACUUGCACAGUAUCCGGCAAUCACUACUUUUUCCUCGGCGCAGAGGGUGCGCAAAAGACAGCAUACUCGAUUGCAGAGCUCUGGAAGAAAAGAUGCACUUUGGAACUGGAAUUGUGGAACAUACUGGCGCAUGAGAGCUUGUGAGCUAUCUUCUUGUUACCGUAACGAUGCUACUAGAUAGCCUUUUGGGCGACUUAUGGAUUGCCUAGAUCGUCCGUCAACAAGGAAAUUCUGUAGAAUCGUGCGGCUGUGUGACG